AUGAUUCCAGCAUGCUUCAGCCACCCUAACACACUAUCAAGCAGCUCUCAAUUGCCUCAAAACCUCAUCACCUGCAUUUACCAAACCCAACUAUGCAACUCUCCCACAUAUCUCACGCUUACAUGGUCCAAAACCCUCUUCUCCCAUUCCUUAACAAUCUAUGCUGCUGACUCCUUCUCCAUCACCAUUUCCCUUUACCCGUCGACCUUCUCCUUCUUCAGAAACCGACCAGGCUCCAAAUCCAUCUAUUUAACCCACCAUCAUUACCAAAGAAUCAAGCUAUACUGGGAUUUCACCAGGGCUGACUUUGCUGAAAACUCGGCUGAGCCAGAGUCUUGCUUCUACAUUGCCAUUUCAUGCAAUGCCAGGCUAGAAUUCUUCCUGGGCGAUCUCCAGGAAGAAUUGACUAGGCGUUCUGGACUAAUCAUAGCUCGCCAAGUACUCCCUGAGCCAACACUCUUGUCCAGGAGGGAACAUGUCUUUGGCCGCAGGAGUUACAUUUCAAGAGCUAAGUUCUUGGGGUCCAAACAUGAAAUAGGCAUAGAAUGUAGCGGAGGUGUUCUCAAGGUAAAAGUUGAUGGCGAAACAAGCCUUGUUAUAAAAAGAUUGGCCUGGAAAUUUAGAGGGAAUGAAAGAAUAUAUGUCAAUGGAAUUGAAGUGGAAUUUUUUUGGGAUGUGUUCAAUUGGGUCAGUAGCGACAACAAUAGUAACACCAAUGGUCAUGGUGUGUUUAUUUUCCAAGUUGGUGAUGGUGGUGUGUGGCCUGAAAUGAUAGGGCCAGAGAAGAGGUUGAUGAGGAAGAGCUUGUCAUCGGCGGCAGGGUCUGCACCGAAGAUGCCGUCGACAACAUUGUCGCCGUCUCCGUCGUGCUCAAGUGUGCUGCAAUGGGCGGAGGAGAGCAGUGAUGGUGGGAGAAGUUCAUGCUCUUCAUCUACUAGGUCAUAUGGGAGCAAUGGAGGAUUCUCUUUGUUGUUGUAUGCUUGGAAUAAGGAUUGA